AUGAGCUCCAGCACAGGGAGCAGCUGCACCCCCGUUCCCAGCCACAAACAGCGGCGGAGCAGCCGCCGCUCCACGGGCUGCUGGGGCACCCUGGACACGGAUUCCCAGGCCCUGUCGGCGCUGGGAAGGUUCCAAACCCUCCCCUUGGAGAUCUUUCACAUGGUGUUGAAGUACCUCUCAGUGAAGGACAUCAGCAUGCUGAGCAUGGUGUCCAAAACCCUCAGCCAGCACCUGAUUCACUACAUCUCCACCUCGGCAGGGACCCGCAGGCUCCUCCUGCAGGACUUCCACAACCUGGAGCUCCCUGGCAGGAGGGAGGGAGCCUCAGUCCUGGAGCACUACAAAUCUCUAGGGCUGUUGUUCAAGAGGUGCACGUUGCUGCUGCCCACCAGGGACAGGCUGAAAUACAUCCACAAGGUGCUCUCAGAGGUUUCCUGUUUUAAGCUCAGUGGUUGUGCCAGUCCCCUGCACUGUUUGGGGUUGAAGUGCUACGGGGUGUUUUUACAGAUCCUGACAGCAGGCUGGGAUGAACUCGAGUGCCACCGGGUCUUCAACUUCCUCUGGGAGCUGAGCAACUUGGCCAGGAAAGUGCAGACAGUUGUCAGCAGCAGAGCAGGCAGUGCCAGGAAGCUGGAGCUGAGGAUCAGGCUGUACUGCAGGAGGGUCCUGCUGAACCACUGGAUCCACAGGAGCGACUCUGCCUUUUGGCUCACCCGCAUUCUGAAGCCCUGGCCCAUCGUGAACCAGGCCCGGCUGCUCUACAUCAUCUUUGGGCCCGUGUCCUCUCUGGAUGGACACGUGGUGUGGCAGAAAAUGAUAGAAGGACCGACAGAUGAGACCAGUCUGAAGGGUUUAGCUGAAGCAAUUAAGCUGCUGUACGGCACAGAAGCCAGGGAAUGGACAGCAGAUGAUGUUAUCAGUCUUGUGGAUGAGCUGUCAGUUGUUCCCCAGGAAUGGCUGAUGGAGAACAGCGCUCGGCUCCUCCUCCUGAGUGGGAACAACAUCUGCUUCACUUUCAUGGCCAGUAAGGCUGUGAAUGGCAGGGCUGUGGAGCUGGCCAGGCUCAUGGUCUUCAUGACCUUGGUGUGUGAGAAGGACCUUUACUGCAUGGACUGGGUAGUGAGAAUGAUGCAGAAGGUCUGCAGGGUUUUCAGCACUCCCUGGGAGAGGAACAACUUCCUGCAGUGCUUGGAGAAUGCCUUUGCCCACAUGCUCAUGGACAUGCUGCAGGCAGUGCUGGCUGGGGGGCACGACGAGGAGGACAACAGCUUCCUGAAUUUAUUUCACCUGGUCAACGCACAGGCAAACUUCCACAAGGAAAUCCUCUACCUGGCCAUGAGGAGCAGCCCCAGCACCACCUGA